UGGUUUUCUGAUGAGUGCAAAUCGCGUUACAAGAGAAUUGUCUCCAGAGGGCUACCGUCUAUCAUUGUUUGCUUGGGCGGUAUUAGCGUUUGCGCAGAGGAUUAUGGGUAUCCAAGCUGCAUUUACAGAGCAGCAAUGAGUAAACGGAAUCAGGUAUCCUAUGUGAAGCCAGCAGAACCUACCUUUCUGGCCAAGUUCAAAAAAGAUGUUGGAUACAAGGAAGGUCCAACGGUGGACACAAAGCGUCAGGAACUUCCUGUGUUUGCAGAUGACGGUGAUGGCAGUGAUAAGGAAGAUGAGCUGCCCCAGGUGGUAGUGCUUAAGAAAGGUGACCUUUCAGAAGAGGAAGUGAUGAAAAUUAAACAUCAAAUUAAAGAAAGUUCUAAAGGUGAGGAAUCGGCCCCUGCAGACGGAAGGAUCAUGUUUAAGAAGCCUGAAAAACGCAUCUCUGGUGACAAGUUCCCGGGCAUUAGUGCAAGUUCCACAAAGAAGAAAAAACAAGAAGAAACUCAGGAGUCACCAAGUAGCAAAUCAAGCCAGAAACAAGUGCGAAAUAGUAGUUUACUUUCGUUUGAUGAUGAAGAUGAUGAAGAUUAGCAUUUAUUCAAACAUGACUGUUGGUGUUUCCAAGCUGAUAAACAGCCUGUAAAUGUUAAAGUAAAUGACUGGCUUAUAUUUUCCAUGAAUGGUUUUAUUUUGUUGUGUUUUACCCAUGAUGGCACAAAGUAGUGUUUCCACUUCUGUAAAAUAUUCCUGUAGGGAUUGCGUGUGUGUGUGUGUGUUUUUUUUUUAUUUUAAAGUGGCUUUUCCUUUUGUAUUUUUUAAAGACAAGUCUAUUUUUGUAGACUGGGAACAGAUUGCUAAUAAAAUGUAAAGUAAG